CAGGAAGUGUCACUCUGGACAUGCUGCAACACUGAGUCGACAUUAGCUCGACAAUUAAUCUGAUUUACAAAUCCCAUCUUCACAUACCGAUACUACUCCUGCAUCCCACGGCCAUCCAUGCACCAUCACCAUGGCCGACACUCCGGUAAUGAACAUACCGACGGACCCAAGGGAACAGCCGAUUCUCGAUGAAUUAAUGUUGAUACGAGCUGAUUUGGACCUAUUGAAGAGGGACAGAACUACAUAUAUCAAGUCUUCGACAGUUGUGCCUCUAUAUGAUAAGAUAGUGGAGCAAGUACAAAAACUGAAUGCCGUCCGAGAAGACCGGCCUCAUGAGCAGAACAGAGUUGACCGUGUACUCGAUGGCUGUUUCCAACUAUUAUCCUUAUUUUUUAUGACUAUUGGGAAGAACAACGAGGCGCCGGCAGCAUACGCCUUGACAUCCACCAUCAAGAGGCUACUUGAUCACCUCACAGAAACCAAACUCUACUCCGCAAAAGACCUCGACCAUGUUUCGCAGACUCUGGAAUCACUCGAUAAUAUAAUCCAGAAUUCCGAGGGCGUCCAUUCUGAUCGCUUAGUUACUUUACUUGCAAACCGAACGUCACUCUGUCGAGAAGCAUGUAGCAGCCUUCAAGAGAGGCUCAAGCGCCUUGAUCCCGGUUUGGCUGAGAUACACCAAAAAUGUAUUUCCAUCCUUCGGUGCAUCUCGCUCGCCAACACAAAAUCUAAGUUCUCGAACUCGGAAGUAAAGAAGUUUAAGGAACAGUUGGAAGAGAUUAAGGCACAACAGGUUGAUGGACAUUUCGUGAUUACACCAAACGAGAUCCCGGCAGGAGACGCUGAGGUCAAUGAACUCCUCACGCGGAUUUUAGAAUGGGCGGACGUGGUUAUGGAACACAAGGGCGUGAUGCCCGAGAACUUCAAGCCAAUCUACGACAUUUUAGUCAAUAUCCGUAACGAACUGGAGAAGCUCUCUCUGACCCAAGCAUGGUCAUUGCGAGAAACCGAUCUCUACGACUACCAACGCCAACUAGAUCGGAUUGACGAGGCACGGGUCAAUGGAAAUUUCCUUGAUAGUGAAGGCAAUCCAGCAGAAUUAUAUGUGCAGCGAACAUUACUGUACCUGAUCCGCAGGAGCUAUGGUUACAUAUAUUACCUAAUGGUGUCUUCGGAGCCGGUCUCAGAAGCUCUCCAACCUAUAUACAAUCAACUGCAAACCCUUAGGCGAUGUCUAGUUGAGGUUAAGGAAAUGGGAGGUGUGAGCUCGCCCCGAGAGCUGUAUCCCUACAGUAUGAAGUUAAACUCCAUCGAUAACAUGAAGGUUGAUGGCAAGUUCACGAUCAACGGAGAUAUCCCAGAGGGCCAAGCCAGCGUCAACGAACUUCUGGCUGAGUGCUUUGAUAUUGCGUAUGAAUUGCGGAUUGCUGCAGAGUCUGAGGAAAGCGGAUGAGAUGUGACACCCUGGGGGUACGAUUUUUUUUUUCUCUUGGUUUUAAAGGCUAUUUAGAUGGAUAGGAAUUGUAUCAAAUGGUCGGUGGAGGUUUUGGAAGCAAGCCUAUAUAUGUAUUGCCAAGCAUACUCGAUAGUUGCGACCCUGUAAUUCUCAAAUUCACAUACUUUGUUCUUAAAAUGCACGUGUAAUUGGCUCUAGGCCCUCC